GGGACAUAAGGGAUGACCUCCCACAUGGGUGGGGUGCACCCCACGAAUUUGUCAAUCAAAUAACCAUUAAUUGACUCAUGGUUGUGAGGAUGUGCCAAGGAAAUAAGAAGAGGAACAUGGGUGUAGGGCCUUGGAAGUCCUUGGCCAUAUCAUUUCGACCCACCCCCCUCAAACAAGUGAAGAAACCUCUGCAAACCACCAUUCACCAUAGCUAUUUCGAGUUCAUCACAAGGAGGUCAAAGGGAAGGAGUUUAAGGGGGAAAAGGUUGAGAAAAGUGUGGAGAAUUAAGGUAUUCAAGGAACUUUCAAGGAUUUGAAAGGGUCGCCGGAAUUGUCGCCGGAGUUCGCCGAAGUUCGCCGGAGUUUCACCGGAGCUAAAUCGGGAAGGCUAGAACUUCAUAAGCGUCAUUAAGGCUUCAUUCAUUAAUCACUGCUAAAUCUCUCUUAUAUUCAAAAUAAAAAAGUUAUACACAAUCUUAUAUGGCAAGAGAAAGAGAAGAGUGCAUCAUGAACUCCAGAUGGUCCCUUAAAGGGAAGACGGCCCUCGUUACCGGCGGAUCCAGAGGCAUUGGGGCAGCAAUAGUUGAGGAAUUGGCGGGAUUCGGAGCGACAGUCCACACGUGCGCCAUCGAUGAGGCCGAGCUCUACGAAAAGCUCGAGGACUUCAAGGCAAAGGGCUUCAAAGUUACUGGGACUGUAUGUGACUUGGCUUCCAUAAAACAAAGGGUUGAGUUGUUUGAAACUGUCUCCUCCCACUUCAAUGGCAAGCUUGACAUCCUAGUGAAUUGUGCUGCAAUCACUAAGAUGAGAAAAGCAAAUGAGUAUGAUCAUGACGAGUUUUCACAAAUUAUGCAAACAAAUUUUGAGUCACCUUACCACUUGACCCAACUUUGUUACCCAAUCCUCAAAGCCUCUGGAAAUAACGCAAGCAUUGUAUUCAUCUCCUCUCUUGCUGGCACCACUGCCUUACCUGCCCUCUCCAUUUAUGGAUCCUCUAAAGCUGCUAUAAAUCAAUUGACCAAGAAUAUGGCUUGUGAAUGGGCUAAAGAUGGCAUUCGAGUGAACUCUGUCUCACCGUGGGCCGUGAGGACAAAAGCCAUGAAACUGGAGGAUAUUGACCCUUGAAUCCAAGCAAUUCUUGGUUCACUUACGAUGAGAACUCCAUUGAAGCCAUUAGCAGAAGCGGAUGAGAUAUCCCCGUUGGUGGCAUUCCUAUGCCUACCAGUUGCUUCGAACAUUACUGGCCAGGUUAUCCACAUUGAUGGAGGCUACACGGCCGGAGGUUUCCAUUUCUAGCUACAUUGGAAAAUCGCAUUUUUAGUCCUUCAAAUAGUCAUCAUAUUUAAAUGUCAAAAUUGUAUUUUUGAAUUUGUAAAUGUCACCCCUCAAUUUUCCAAAUUGAUGUAAAUGUGGUCCUUUGAGAGGUGAAAUGUACUUCUCGUCCACAUUGUAUAUUUCAUCCUUUAAAGGACCACAUUUGAAGCAAUUUGGACAAUCGAGUGAUGUCAUUUACAAACUAGGAAACACAGGUCUGACAUUUCAAUAUGGUGAAUAUUUUAGGGAUUAAAAGUGUGAUUUUUCCUUCUAUGAGCUUCUACAUUUAAUUCUGUUAUACAACUAAUCACAAGUGUUUUUAUUAUUCCUAUAUAUGUACUCUUCAUGCAAGCGAUAAAGAAGUCUGUAAUGUAGCUAUAUCUACUAGUCUACUACUAUGUGGUAUGUACUACUCCGUUUUUUUCUAAAAUCAAAUGAAUGUUACUUUUAUAGUGUCU